CAUUGAGCCCAGCCAUUGCGAUGGAUGACGAGCACAGAUCCUACUCGGACGCGCUGCCGGAGUAUCAUGCCCAGCCCCGUCCUCUGGGCCUCGACAGGAUCUUCGAGCGCGCCGCGCACUGGCACCAGCGCGGGCCGUCGGCGCCCCUCCACCCGCCAUCGCCGCCGCCCAGCGCAGCCCACCUCACGCUCCCUCUGCCUGACGCACACGAGAUAUCCCCCCUCGCUGGUCUCUUUACCUACCCCGACCUGGUGCCCGAGGUGCUCGCCCACCUCUCGCAUCCCCGCGAUCUGGCGGUGGGCGCGCGGGUGUGCCGAGAGUGGGCGCGGGUCUGUCGCCGGAGGCUGUAUCGGGAUAUCUGGGUGCGGCCAUGGGAAGAUGCUCCGAAGCGCAAGCUUCUCCGCCUCUUUGAGACGCUGAGCGAGCAUCCCGAGCUCUGUGAGAGUGUCGCGUCGCUUGACAUCCGAUUCUUCCCACUAGACUUGCAGGGCGAGUCCCGCUCCUUGCUCGGAAACAUGAUCCUGGAAGCGCUGAGGCGUAUGCGCAACCUCUCACGACUGGUGUGGACGCGCGACCGCUCACUUUCCACGGACCUCUUUGAAGUAAUAACCCGUCUACCCUGUUUGGAGCAUCUAGAGAUUUCUGGACACAGCACGCGACUCUUCGACCCCUCCUUGCUCGGCCACAUGCCUGCCCUGCGGCAUCUUCGGAUCAUGAUGCCAGAUCCGACGUUCCGCUCAGUCCUCCCAGCUAUCGCGAAGGAGCUGGACAGAAGGACCAACGGCGGGCUGUGGGGCCUCGCUCUCAUCUGCCGAAGUUUCAACUUCAUCAACGACGCGCUUCUGCACGAACUCGCGCCAUACCUUGGGCAGCUGAAACGCUUGCAGCUCGUGGGGCAUACUAAGGUGACGCGGGCAGGCGUGUAUGCCGUCCUCGAAGAGGCGAGGGGGCUGGAGGAGCUCGUGCUCGACGCCGCUCCCCAUUCCGAUCUGGUGGACCUCACAGAAGCACCUCCACUGCCGUCGCUCUCGACGUUCAGCCUCUCAUUCCCCGCCCCGCCGAAGCAAGCGGAGCUAGUGGCGGAAGACAUGCCCCUCUUCCGCCGCAUGCCCCUGCGCGCACUAGAACUGAACUUGACAGCCGCCGCAGUCGGCGAACGACGACAGCGUGUGCUCUCGCGCUCUGCCCUGCUCGCUCUGCAAUCCCGAGUCGACUUCGCCUCGCUCACUCGCCUCGCUCUUCUCGACCUCCUGAUCGAUGCGGAAGAGCUGCGCGCCAUCCUCGCCGCAGCACCCCUGCUCGAAGAACUAUACGUGUGCCUCGCCUCCCCCUCUGCCCUAAAGUGUAGCGGGUUCGAGCAUAGCCGGCUACGCAUCUUCCAUGCCAAUGCUCCCGAGAGCGCGCGACCCAGCAGGGAGCAGCUCGCAGACGUCGCGGCGUGCAUGCCCGUCGUUGAGCAGGUGGGGAGCAUGAACCGCGUAUACGAAGUUCAGCGGUAUCACGAGAAGGGGCAGCGGGUCGUCGAGCUGGCGCGGUGGAGCCAGAUCACCACGCCGGGAUACUUCCUCGUCUGGCGG